CAUCAGGUUGUGUUGCGCAGGGUCCUUUUUCUCAGUAAGGACACUAACUUGUACGUUUUGCAGUUGCGGGAAAUUUUACGCUUAAAGAUGGAUCUGAAAGUAGCCGGGUUGUGCAUAAUUCUGGCAAUAAUUGUUGAGAAUGUGGAAGCUAGACAUUUAUCCGGGGGCCGACUCCCUCCUAUAUUUGGCCAACGAGGUUUCCAGUUUCAAAGACCAUUUGAUUUCCGGGGUGGAAUUCCUGGCGGAAUUCCUGGAUUUAGUCAAGCAGGGAUACUGCCGAGCCAAUUUCGACGUUUUGGGCAGGCAAGAACUCCGUUUAGAGUACCACAAUUUGGGUCCCGGUUUGGGAGCACCCGGUUUCCUCCUAUGCCAUCACUUGGAAUUAAUGACCGCAGCCUUAUUAGAAGGCAGAUAGGAGGUUUGAGAAGACUUCCUUUAGGAUUAAAUCCAACACUUGAUCCUACGCUUCGUCAAAUUUCUCCCCAGUUUUCCAGAACCAGAGGCAGGAUACCAUUUCCAUACUAUCCACAACAAAGUCGACCUGGACUCAUACCACGAGGUCGCCCAAUUACUCAUGAUGCCAUUCGCCAGCUUCGACAAAGGUUUCGAACUAGAGGUACAGGUACGAGAGAUGACCCUAUCAGAAUCAUUGCUCCCCUUCAAUCAACUUCCGGAUCAUUGGCAGGAGGUAGGCUAAGUCGACUCGGACCAGGAAGUGGACUCGGACUAGGAAGUGGACUCGGAUCAGGAAGUGGACGGCCACUACAGAAACCUUCACGUCCACAACGCAGACAAGUUCAAGUGUCACGUGCCAGACAACAGCUGCAACAAAGACCACAGGAAGAGGUGAUAGCUCUCUUUGGUUUUGAUCAACCGUCUGGUGGACUCCCAAUUCUUUCUGAAACAAUUGAUAAGCAGACUAAAAUCAAGCGCACACCAAUUAAGAAAUCUCCUUCAACCGGGUCCAAGAUUACAAAAAGUUCAUCAGAUUUAAAAGGAACAGAAGGACUGAAAUCCGUGAAUAUAUCAAAACCAAUCAGCGACGAAUUUCUCCAGAAAUUAAAUGUUCAUCAACUUGAAAGACUUGCUAAAGGUGUGGCGGAGGCAACCAAGAUACAGCCACUACAUGAAGUCAAACAUGUAGCUCAGGCUACUGAAAAACGAUUAGUGAGGUCUCAAACACUUGAAACUUCACUUCCGGUAGAUAUCGGUGCCAUCAGUACUACUCCAAAGAAUGAAUCGACACAACAUACAAUUGAUACAGUAAUAGCGGAUGCUGAUACGGUUAACAUCAACAUUAACAGUACCAAUGAAAUCUCAGGAAAUGAAAAUAGUAAACAUGUCAGCGACAACGGCGUUAUAUCAGCAGACACAUCAUCUCAAGCUCACAUCGGCGUACCAGUUGCAGUAAACCUCCAUGAAUCGACAGUAGAUGUUGCCAAAACUUUAAUUCCCGAACCAGUAGCAAUUCAUGCAGACAAAGGACAAAUUGAACCUUUUAUAGAAACAGUAGCCAAAGAUCCAGCAGGUAUAAGCGUUAUCGCGGAUACAACACCUGCAGAAAUGUACGCUGUUGUAGAUACACAUUUGAUUGACUCCACUGUUUCAGCUGACACAGUUUUACCAUCUGAAACUGUUGAACAAAUAGCUCAAACUGUUGAAUCCGUUGCGAUGGUGCCAGUAGAUAGUGUGCCUGUGUCCGAUGUAGCUGGUCCUACCGAAUCAGUUUCCGUAACAGAAGUUGUGGCACAAGUAGAAGGUGUACCUGCAUUUGAUGUCGUUCCCACUGAAUCAGUUUCCGUUACAGAACUGGUAGUGCCGGGAGAAAGUGUACCUGCAUCCGAUACCGUACCGAUCGAAUCAGUUUCCGUUUCAGAAGUUGUAGUGCCAAUUGAAAGUGUUCAAGUGUCUGAUAUCGUUGUUCCGGUCGAAACAGUUUCUGUUGCAGAAGAGAUGGUGCCAAGUGAAAGUGUUCCUGUAACCGAUGUAAUUAUUCCUGUCGAAUCAGUUUCUGUAACAGAAGUAGUUGCGCCGGGGGAAAGUGUACCAGUAUCCGAUAUAAUUGUUCCUGUCGAAUCAGUUUCCGUUACUGAAGUUGUGGUGCCAGGUGAAAGUGUUCCUGUAUCCGAUGUUAUUGUUCCAGUCGAAACAGUUUCUGUUACAGAAGUGGUUGCGCCAGGUGAAAGUUCACCUGUAUCCGAUAUUCUUGUUCCAGUCGAACCAGUUUCUGUUACAGACGUGAUGGUGUCUGGUGAAAGUGUUCCUGUUUCCGACGUUAUUGUUCCAGUUGAAUCAGUUUCUGUAACGGAAGUAGUUGCACCAGAGGAAAGUAUUCCUGUAUCCGAUGUCAUUCCGGUCGAAACAAUUUCCGUUACAGAAGUUGUGGCGCCAGGAGAAAGUGUUCCUGUAUCCGAAAUCGUUGUUCCACCAACUGAAUCAGUUUCUGUAACGGACAUUAUAUCACCAGUUGAAAGCCUGAUUGUAUCCAAAACAACUGUUCCAGCCGAAAUUUCAACAGCUCCUGAUAGUGUCGUUUCAAGUGAAACCUUAGUUUCAAAAGAAUCUGUUAAAACUGCUACCUUAAAGGAAGUUUCAAUUCCAGUUUCUUCAAUAUCUAUAGAUGGAAAGAUUUCCUCAGAGGCUUCAGUGCCAACUAAAUUACCUUUAGCUGAUAAAUUCGCGAUUAAAGACACUAGUAUACCAAUACAACAUGCUCCGAUUGUGGGGCAUGCUGUACUCAUUCCAGAAGUGAAAGGACAACAUGCUAGUGUAGAAAAGUCUGUAAUUCAGACAGAAACGUCUCUAAUAGCAACAAAAGACCAAACAUUGAGAUAGUAGCCGCUAUUGUUGAAAUUGACAAUGAAAGAUAAGUAGACUUUACAGACAUUCAAAUAUAUGGCCCAUGCUUAUAAGAAAGCGAGCAGAGUUGUGGGUUCUCUAUAACUGUGUAAUGCUACAAAGGGUAAAUAAGUAGGUUAAUUAUUUAAGUUUUCUUUUAAAUUUGAUUAUAAUGUACAUACAUGUAAAUAAAGAAUCCCAUUUUUUUUCUAAGAAAAGGAUUGAAAUAGA